UACCUCAUAUAGUAGACAGAUUUUUGUUGAUUCGAGAAGUACUUGCGUUUUCUGUACGAAUUAAUAUUAUGAAGCCUAGGGUACUUUACUGGAUAUAAUGUUGUAUAUUCGUCAAGAUCAUUAUUAAAAUUCGUUUUUCCUAAACUUUGAGAAUCGAGUGUGAUACUUUUUCAGAAGUGUAGAACAUUGAAAAGUGCUCUAGUUAUCUGAAAGUAAUUUAAUUUGUGCAACAAGAAUACGUUUUAUUUUUAAUACGAUAAAUAUGAAUAAUAUUAGUGUUACAAUUACUUUAUUCAUAGUAUAUGAAGUGUGACGGUUAUCAUAAAUUAAAGGGAAAACCAAGAUUUUCUGAAACUAAUAUUUAUUUAUUCAGUAAAAAGAUCUUACAUUUCUCUAUUCAACAUCUUGGAGUACAAGUUAAUUUGGAAUGGAUGCUUCUGAUUUGAAUGGCGGGAAAGCUGAGACAGCGCGUGUGGAUUUUAACCUAGAAUGUAUGUUUACGGCAGAAACACCGGUGAAAGUUAUUGCCGAUAACGAUAAGCCCGGAGAUAAAAAUCUGAAUGGUGAUCUUAAAUCAAUAUUAAAUAAAAAAAAUGCAUCUCCUUCCGUUAAAAGAAAAUCACGCAAAUUAAAGGCCAAUUCUAAUAAUUCUGUGGCUACUGGCAAGUUAUCACCUACAGCAAUGCAAUUGAAUAAACGUAAAGCUUCUGAAAAUGUGGAUGUUUCUUCUAGUGAAACUGAAGAAUUUAAUGGUUUUGAAAUUGAAGAAAUACAAAACUUGGAGUCAGGAUACACAGUACUUAAAAAACUAAUAGCUGAAGCAGAGUCUGGAAUUUUUUCCUCUUCCAAACGUCGAAAAGUUUCUCCGUUGAAAACUAUCAAAAAUACCUACAAUGACGUUAGAGAUAAUAAUGAAAAUUCAACUGAUUCUGACGAUGAAAAAGUUACUAGUGAACUUGGCUCUAAUAAUAAUGAUCCAGAAGAAUCUUUAUUAAAAGUAGAUAAAUCUGAAAAUAAUUCUGUAGUUCAUUCCAGUAAAUUGAGAAAAAAUCGUCUAUCUAGAGGUGUAAGUCCUGGUAACGCUAUUCGUCAAAAGGUUACAGUGGAUAUUAGUAAUCCUGCAUAUAGAGUGCCUUUUGACUAUGGGUGGAAGAGAGAAUUGGUUUAUAGAGCCGGUUCAUCUGAAAAUCAAACAAAAAGGAUGGCUGAUAUUUACUAUUACACACCAGAAGGUAAAAAAGUUAGAAGUUACAGAGAAGUUACCGAAUUUUUGACUACAAGUGAAAUAACAAUUGAUAAUUUUACAUUCUUCAAAGAACCCCUUGGUGUUAAUGAUCCUUGCAAAGAAAUUAUACGAGAUGCUAAAAAACCUAGAGAUCAGUUGGGAAAUAAAAUGUUCACCAAAGUAACAAAGAAAGGUAAUGAUAUCCUUUUAACAAAAAAAACUAUACCAAAAAAAGGUGAAAAAUUUGCAUCUUCUCCAUUAUCUAUGAGAACUGCUUCAAAGAGUGCUAAAACUGCAUCAGCUUUAAAAAUAAAACUACCAACAAAAAAAGGAAUCACGAAAAAAGAUUGUAAAUCACCACAACUUACUUUAUCAGACAAUGAAUUGACUACUCCAACGGAAUGGAAUUCCAACACAACAAGAAAGAAUUUCGAUGAAAAAAGUCCCUCAACAAAGUCUAAAAAACUUAACAAGACAAAAGUUCAAGAGCCAUGUAGCAUUAGGUGUUCAGCAGGUAUGGGAUUGAUACCUAGCUUACAUUGCUGCGUCUGUUUGUGUUUAUAUCACCCUGAAUGCGCUGGAUAUAUGCAAGUGAGAGGAAGUUAUGAAUUUGUUUGCCAGAACUGUAAAAUAGAAUCAGAUGAAUCAUCACGAAAUGAAACGAAUCAUAUUUUUUCACCACCACCUUUAAUACCGAUUAGUAUAUUGAAUGCAUCUACUAGUAGUUCGAAGCAUCAAUCAGUAUUUCUGCCGCAAUUACAACCAAUUCCGAAGUUAGAAAAUAUAGCUUUGCAGAACACAAGUAGAACUAAAACAAAUAAAAGUGUAAACUAUAAUAGUUUACGUAAUUCUGAAAAAAAAUUUACGAAUGCAAUUCGUUCUCAUUCAGAAAAAGUAUUUUUAGAUCAAUAUGACGAAUGUUUUGCACAAAGUAUUACAACGCUGGGAGGUCAAAAGUACAUUGUUAUACCAAAAAAUAAUACCACAGGACCGAAAUCAACUACCAACACAACAUCGAAUAAAAUUAAAGAGAAUUCACCUGUUCUUCGAGGAACUGACGAUAUUUUACACAUUAAAACAUCUGAUUUUUAUAUGGGAAAUGAGUUGAAUAAAUCAACGAAAAUUGUAACUGAAUCAGCUAUGGAUCUAAAGAAAAAUGAACAAAUCAUUGAAGCAACUAUUUCAGACAAUAUUGAUUUAUCAUUACAUGAGCGUUUUCAAUGCAAUGAUCUAUUACCACCGUAUUCUAUAUCAAUCGCAGUAAAUUCUGGGAUUAGUAAGAUAUCGCAACAUAAUUCAACUGAAACUGUUUCUAAUCAUCAAGAUUUAACAGUAAUCUCUUACAGAUCCACUAAAAAAACAAGAAAAAAACAAACAUUAGUAGAAAGUGAUCAUCGACAACAUUUUAUGGUUUCUAUUUGUGCCGGAUACCACGCACUUUCUCGUAUUUUUCAAUACUUGAAAGUCCAAGAAUUACUACGAGCUGCAAGAGUAUGUCACAUGUGGAGGGAUCUUGCUGCCCAUCCUUCAUUAUGGAAAACAGUACGUAUGAAAAAUAGUCAGGUGACUGAUUGGGAUGGUCUAGCAGAUACUUUGAAAUGUCGUGGUACUCAACAUUUAGAUUUGAGGAAAAUGUUGAUUGCGGGAGAAGCUGAUAAUGUUUGGAAAAAGUUUGUAACAAUCAUACCCAAAGUUUCAAGUCUCAUCAAGCUUGAACUAUGCAGAUGUCCUGCAAUAGUUGUUGAAGAAGUUAUGAAAAAUUGUCCUCAAUUAGAAGUAUUAAGUGCUAUGUCUAUAAAAUGUGAUUCUUUUAAUAUAGAAUCAAUAAGCAAUCUGCAUGGAUGUAAAGAAUUGAGAUUGAAAGCUGUUAGCGGGAUGUUAUUACGAGGAGAUUUAUUACCUCUAUCGAAAUUAUCUAAAAUUACCCAUUUGAGUUUGACUUCAAUAAAGGAUUUGGGUAAGAAAAAAGUUGAUGUUUUACAAGUUUUACAUAGCCUUCAAACGUUAGAACUAGGUGAAUGUUCAGAUUUUCCAGAAAAGUUUGGAACAGCAGUAUUGAUUAAAUUACAAAACUUGGAGCGUUUAAGGCUCGAAAAGGGACAAGGAUCAUGUUGUACAUUUGAUAUUUUAGAGGGUAUUUCGAAAUUAGACAAUCUUUCACAAUUGGAACUGGUUAAUUUCGAUGUCAAAAGUGGGUUCGAUAAAUACUUAGCUGACUGCAAAAAUAUAAAAAGAUUAUUAAUUAUACCCACAUAUGUUUCACAAUCCGCCACAUCAAAUAACAUGAUUUUAGCUGGUGUAACUGAAUUGUCAAAUAACUUGACUCAUUUUGUCUGGGGCGUAACACAAGAAUUAUUACGUGUUACAGAGUUAUUUGUCGAUCAAUGUAAUCAAAUGAGUAAGCAAAUAACAGGAGAUUCAAUUCCGGUUCUAAAGCCAGUACCUUGCUUAAAACUUAUAGAAGAUAUUUUAGGAGAUAAAAUGAACCAGAAAGAUCCUAAGCAACAGACAAAUCUAAACAAUCCUCAAGUUGAAAUAUUACCAUUGCCUCAUCUUCAAAAGCUGCUUUUGACAGCGUUACCUAAAACACGAGUAAAGAUUUUAAAAAUACCUUUUCAUGCAACGUGGAGACAAAGUAUUUCAGAUAGUACUUCUCAAUAGGGAUAAUAAGUUUAAUAACUUUUUUGAAAUACAACAAAAUUAUAGUACAUUAUGUAAUUAGAUUUAAUGGAUUAUUUUAUCACAAGAAUACAUAUUUGUAUACCAUAAAUUAACAUUCGGAUAUAUUUACUGUAUAAAUUUAUUCAUUGAAACAUAAAAUUCACUUCAUAUAAAAGACAUUAUAAGUAUUUUGUCCAAGUGAAUUAUAAAUUUUUUU